GCAGGCACCACAGGCACUGCAAGCAUGACACCCAACAGCCCGGCAGUUAUCCGUACAGUGUGCUUCCUCACAGAGUACCUACUCCGUACCUACUCACACACACCAUGUAGGCUUUUCGAUGCAAGAUCGCGCGCAUCAUCCACCCCCUCCUCUUCCCACUUAACGCGUCGCCGCCACAAGAAGCAACUAACUUCCCAGGUAGCUUUUUCGUCAAGCUGCCCCACGGGUCGUACUCGUCCCUCACUACCCUUCCUUCCACCUGGGUCUCUGUUUCUACCACUGCCGGUCAUCCUGUACGAGUCGGACGGCACUUGGCCUGCCCGCGUGAUCGAAAUCUCACAAUGCGAUUCAAAACAGAGCUCAAAAACAUUCGUACCUUCUCCAAACUCACCGCCGCUCUAAACUCCCUCGAGAAGAUCGCAUGGGUUCGCCUCGACGAUGAAACGGCGCGCUUUACGGUCAUUCCCGACACGGGAUCUCAAGUUUGGUCUUCCCUGCCCAUGGACUUCAUUUUCGACAGCUAUCACAUCCAGUCGGCCGAGGAACACAACACCAUCAACCUGGAGCUACCCCUGCAACCCCUCCAACGCGCGCUGCGCUCCGCACUCAACAGCACCUCGGCCUCGCUGCGUCUUACCAAAAAGGACGGCAUCCCUGUGCUCUCCUUGACCAUCACCACCACCACCAACGCGUCUGCGGGCUCCGGCCUGCCCGGCCGCGGCAACUCCGCCUACGCUGGCCUCGAGAACGACCCCUUUGAUGACGAUGACCAGGGUUUUGCCGCCGAGCACCUGGAGACCUCCCUGCGCCGCGAGCGCGAGAAGAUCAUCACCCAGGACAUCCCCGUGCGUGUGCUGCACCCGGAGACGGUAGAGACCAUCAUGCAGCCCACGGUGCGCGAGACGGAUGUGCACAUCACCAUGCCGCCCUUGCUGCAGCUCAAGGCCAUCUCGGACCGGUUCACCAAGCUCGCCCUCGCGUCCGGCACGAACUCCCGCGUGAGCCCCAAGCUGGAGCUCAGCGCCAACAUGUUUGGGAAUCUGAAGCUGCGCAUCGUGACGGAAGCCGUCGACGUCUCGAGCACGUGGUCGGGCUUGGUUAACCCGGAGCUGGACCCGACGCAGCUGGAGAUGCCGGUCGAGGAGCACCCUAGCGUCAAGUUCAAGGAAGCCGGUCCUGACAAAUGGGCGACGGUGAGGGUCGACGGAAAGGACUGGAGCCGCGUCUUGAGCGUGGGGAGGCUGGAGGGGAGGGUCGUGGCGGCUUUCGCCGACGACCAUGCCUUGAUAUUAUAUGUCUACGUACCGCAGUACGAUGACGCUUCGGCGGAUGAUGCUGUUCUCACUUACUAUGUAACAUCCUUCAGCACGUAAGCUGCAUUCAACGAUGGGGUUGCAAAUUGGCGUAUUGGCGUUUCAAAUCGGCGUUCAAAUAAACAGAUGGUAUUAGUAGAAAUUAGACCGUUGUCAUUUUGUUUUCCC